AUGGGUUCCCCUAGUUCCUCGUCCAUCGCAAAUUAUUACUUUAGAGAGUUUUUAGCGGAUGACGGUGAAUCCACCGAUGAGGAGGUCGAGCAAGAGGCGGUUACGAGUGCUGGUCAAAUAGAGGUGAGAUAUGUGAAGCAUUGUCGCCACCCCGAACGUGAAGUUAAAACAAGAGAUUAUUUUGAACAAGACCGACGCGCGGCAGACGAUCGGUUGAUGAAAGAUUAUUUCGAUGAGGCGCCAACAUUUCCGAACCCAGAAGUUUUUAGGCGUCGUUUCCGAAUGUGUAAGCGUUUGUUUCUACGCAUCCUCGACGACUUGGAAAGCAACUACAAUUAUUUUAAACAAAAAGCGGAUGCGAAAGGGACACUUGGAUUCACCGGUAUUCAAAAGUGUACGUCUGCGCUACGAGUCCUUGCUUACAGAAACACGACUGACAUCAAUGACGAGCAUUAUAGAUUUGUACGGUGCGCGUUAUCUGAGAACGCCCACAUGGGAAGACCUUCAAAAGAUUUACGAGGUACAUUCGGCUGA